AUGGGCCAUGGCAAGCGGCCAAGGGACCUGGAUGAGGCAAUGCCUCCCCCGAGGCCCAAACAGUCUAAGAUUGAUUCUUUCUUUCUUAACUGUAGCAGAAAUAACAAGGAAGAUAGCUACACGGUUGAAACUCACAAUCGUUUUAAUCCUUUAAUUGACCUCGUACCCGAGAUAGAAGUGGAGGGGGUGAACUCGAAGGCAACGAAUAAUGCUAAUGAUAAUGACAAAGAAGUGAGAGUCACCUCGAAGGGGGAGUCCGAGCUGGCCCUGGGCGAUGGUUUGGGAUUCGAGCAUUUCCAAUUAAUAACCAGGACCCUGCGCUGCAUCUUUAAGAGCAUAAAUGGGAUCUCCAUGCAGGUGAAUAAUCUCCACCAAAAGCUUGAGGCCCAUUUGCUGGAGCUGCAGCACAACCUCACUCUGCCUCCGAGGGAUUUAAAGAGACAGUGGUGUACCUCCCCUGUUAGACAUGAAAGUGGUACUGGUGUUCAUCUCCUAAAAUCUCAACUGGACUUUCAAUCUCUGAUCUUACAACCAAACAAAAUAUGUCUAACUAUACGCAGCAGUGACCCCAGGUCCCCAAGGUGGAUUAACCCGAGAGAGGUCAAAAGAUCAUCUAAGGCAACUCCUUCAGAUUAGGCCUCCGCUAAUAGAUCUCAGUACAGUGAAACUUUUAUACUACCACCAUCGGUUCCAAAAGUACUGCUCUCCUUCCAGUCACCAAAAAUUCCCUCCAUACUGGUUAGGCGCAAAGCGUUAUUGGCCACCUGGGGCAUCUUCCCAACGAGAGUCUUUAAUGACACCAGGACUAAACCUCUUUUCCGUAGCAUCGUACAAAAAGGUAUCCGCUCGCCAGACAGGCGCGACAUAGUCUUGAAACUCAAGCUGUCCACCCAGGAACCUCACCCUCCCUCUCAGCCCAAGCUUCCUGGUUUAUCUACUCCAGCAACAGAGAAGCAUGACCAAAGCGGACCCAGUCAUCUGGCUUCCUCAGAGGAGAGGGACCUUAUUUCAUCCUAUGGCGAGUUGCCAUUAGUAGAACAGCAGGAAGUUAUAAACAGGCUUGAUACACUCAAGCAGCAACUUACACAUGUACUUCAAGAAAAUCUCCUCAAAACCUGGUCAUAG